GUUGCAGACAGCCUUAUCACUUGGCGAAACCGCAUAUAUCCGCGUAUAUGGCAUAUAAGCAGUCCACCGGUCUCAACAACAGUGCAUCUGGACGAGUACUCACAUGACAAGUCGUAUAGGCGCUAUGGGGUCGAUAUCAAACGAUACGAAUGGCUCCUACGCCAAACCAAAAAAUGCAGCCUAUGGUGCUUCCGCAGAUGCCCCGUUCGUGACGACGAGCACUCAGGAGGAUCCCUAUCCUUAUCAGACAGGUUUUGGCAACCGAUUUUCUACAGAAGCCGUUCCAGGCGUGCUUCCACAGGGCGGCCGCAAUCUUCCACAAAGAAACCAAUAUGACCUAUAUACAGAACAGCUCAAUGCUACAUCAUUCAUUUCCACCAGGCAAACGAUGCAACACCUAUGGUUCUACCGUAUCAGGCCGGCAGUUGCACACAAACCCUUGCAAUCACUCUCCACGAAACACGAUAUGGUAGCCUCUUUUGGUCUGCACAACCCUUAUGUCCAUUUCACGCCCUUUACUUUCGAAUGGGGCCCGCUUGGACAAGCUUCGACAUCGGAGCCUACGAAUUUCUGGCAAGGUAUCAAGACGAUUGCUGGUCACGGCGACCCCACACUGAAAGAGGGACUCGCCGUACAUCAAUAUGCGGCCAACGUGUCCAUGGGAAAUCAAGCAUUCGUCAAUCAUGAUGGAGAUUUCAUGAUCAUCCCGGUGCAAGGGCGAUUGGACAUCCAGACAGAACUGGGAAGGAUGAUGGUCCGCCCGGGUGAGCUUUGCGUCAUACAAGCAGGCUUGCGCUUCAAGGUUGUCCUGCCUGAUGGACCAGCACAUGGCUAUAUUCAAGAGAUCUUCGGAGCUCACUACGAACUCCCAGAACUCGGGCCCAUUGGGUCGAAUGGUUUGGCUCUUCCCAAGGACUUCGAGAUACCGAUUGCAAGUUUCGACAUCGAUUCAUCGGACUGGGAAGUUGUACUCAAGCUCGCUGGAGAACUAUAUCAUUACUCCCAAAACCACACCCCAUUCGAUGUCGUUGGAUGGCAUGGAAACUAUGCUCCAUACAAAUACGAGAUGACAAAGAUAUUAGCCCUGUCAUCCAUGAAGGACCAGCUUGACCCCAGCGCUUACUGCAUUCUGACCGCGAAGUCCAAGAUAAGUGGGGUUUCACUUUCUGACUUUUGCGCCUUCACGCCGAAAUGGGUGAAUUCACUGGAUUCUUUUCGACCUCCGUACUACCAUCGAACAAUGGCUUCAGAAAUGAUGGGAAUGAUCUACGGCACCUACGCAGGCAGCUCGAAAACAUUGUCCCCGGGUGCUCUUACCUGCGACAACAGUUUCGUUGCUCACGGAGAAUCGUACCAGGCUUGGAAGAAGGCCACCUCCGUGGCCCUUGAGCCUCAAUUCCAGGGCGAAGGGUCUCUUAGCUUUAUGUUUCACAUGAGCUCUCAUGUCGCGGUGACGAAAUUUGCUAUGGAGAGGCACGCACAAACAAAGCCUCCUCCCGAGUCACUCUGGGACGACUUACAAGGGGACUUCUUGAACCACCUCCCAGAAAUCAAUGAGAAGCUCUACCGAGCUGGACGGCAGUUGAUCGAAAUUCCCUCCGCAUAAAAGUUCAGACCAUGAUCCGAAAGGCUCGGUAAAUGGGAGCACGCACAUGGAUUUUCAGGUCUUUUGAGGCAUCUGAACGCAAAUACUCAUUCAUGAAACUUAC